UGUCCAUACUCUGUCAGACAGACGCCUUAUUCAACCAGUGGAGCGCCGAUUUUGACUGAAUAAACAAGUAAACGACAUAGGACAAGGACGUUAAGUUGACUUCAUCUCCUGCUUCUUUUGAUUUAUUUCUUGGUUGAAUCCGCUCAUUUCACUCCACUUCACUUCACAGUGUUCCUAAUAAUUUUCCGAUUCACCAAUUUGUUGAAUUCCAUGUAUUCCUCCCGCGCCAUUCCUCAACACGCGGAAAUUUUGGGCGAUGAGGUUUUGGAUACUGAAAAACUCUAUGCAAGACGCUUCCAUGAAGUGUUUCUAAGCUUCAGAGGCGAAGAUACGCGUGCUUCCUUCACUUCACACCUCCACGCUUCUCUUCAAAAUGCCAGAAUUAAUGUAUUUAAGGACGAUCAUUCUCUUCAAAGAGGAGAAGACAUUUCAACUUCCCUACUUCGAGCAAUUGAAGGCUCUCUGAUCUCUGUUAUCGUUUUUUCAAUCAAUUACGCCGGUUCGCGAUGGUGUUUGAAAGAGUUGGUGAAAAUAAUGGAGUGUCGCAGAACCAUGGGUCAAAUUGUUCUGCCUGUGUUCUACGGUGUAGAUCCGUCUGAAGUACGUCGUCAAACUGGUGAAUUUGGAAAAGCGUUUCGUAAUCUUUUGGAUAAGGAAAAGGAUGAGUUGCUAGAAUGGAAAUUAGGGAUAGGUUGUGUGAACUCGCAACGUCAAUAUCCAGAGCUUCGUGAGGCCGCUAGCCUUUCUGGCUUCGUAGUCCUAAAUUCCAGAAAUGAAAGCAAGGUUAUCAAGGAUAUUGUUGAAAAUGUUACACGGUUGCUUGACAAGACAGACCUAUUUAUUGCUAAUAAUCCGGUGGGAGUUGAAUCUCGAGUGCAAGAUAUGAUUCAACUGCUGGAACAAGAUCAAUCAAAUAACGUUCUCCUACUAGGAAUGUGGGGUAUGGGAGGUGUUGGCAAAACAACCAUUGCGAAAGCCAUCUACAAUGAAAUUGGCCGCAAUUUUGAAGGUAGAAGUUUCCUAGCAAAUAUUAGGGAAGUUUGGGAGCAAAAUGUUGGUCAAGUGAAUUUACAAGAACAACUUCUCUUUGAUAUCUGCAAAGAAAUGACAACCAAAAUACAAAGCAUUGACAAUGGAAAAAUCAUAUUAAAGGAAAGACUCUGCCAUAAAAGAAUACUAAUUGUACUUGAUGAUGUUAAUACAUUGGACCAACUCAAUGCUCUGUGUGGAAGUCAUAAAUGGUUUGGUUCGGGGAGUAGAGUAAUUAUCACAACAAGAGAUAGACAUAUACUUCGUGGGAAUAGGGUUGACCAAGUAUAUGAAAUGAGGAAUAUGGAUGAAAAGGAAUCAAUUGAGCUAUUUAGUUGGCAUGCAUUCAAGCAAGCAAGUCCUACAGAAGAUUUUGUUGGAAUUUCCAAAAAUGUAGUUGAGUAUUCUGGGGGAUUGCCAUUGGCUCUGGAAGUCCUUGGGUUGUAUUUGUUUGAUAGGGCGGUUGCGGAGUGGCAUUGUGUAUUGGAGAAACUCAAAAGAAUUCCUAAUGACCAAGUACAAAAAAAGUUAAAAAUCAGCUAUGAUGGUUUAAGUGAUGACACCGAGAAAGAAAUAUUCCUUGACAUAGCUUGUUUCUUUAUUGGGAUGGACCGAAAUGAUGUCAUGCUUAUACUAAAUGGCUGUGGACUUUUUGCAGAAAUUGGAAUAAGUAUUCUUAUUGAGCGAAGCCUUGUAACUGUUGAUGAUAAGAACAAGCUUGGAAUGCAUGAUUUGCUGCGAGAUAUGGGAAGAGAAAUCAUUCGUGAGAAAUCACCAGAGGAGCCUGAGAUGCGUUGUAGGCUUUGGUUUCAUGAUGACGUGCAUGAUGUAUUAUCAGAUCAAUCUGGAACAAAAGCUAUAAAGGGGCUGGCUUUGAAGUUACCAGGAGCUGAUCCAAAAUGUUUUAGUACUAAUGCAUUUAAGAAGAUGACGCAACUCAGAUUGCUUCAAUUUGCUGGAGUGAAACUUGAUGGAGAUUUUGAAUAUCUUUCAACAAAACUGAGGUGGCUAUCUUGGAACAAAUUUCCUUUAACACAUAUACCUACAAACCUUUGUCGAAGAAAUUUAGUUUCAAUCGAGUUAGAGAGCAGCAAUGUCAAAAUUCUGUGGAAAGAAGCACAGAUGAUGGGAAAUCUUAAAAUUCUCAAUCUUAGUCAUUCACAUUAUCUGACACACACUCCUGACUUUUCAUACAUGCCUAAUCUUGAAAAGCUAGUACUCAAAGAUUGCCCAACAUUGUCUAAGGUUUCUCCUAGCAUUGGACAUCUCAAUAAGAUUCUUCUGAUUAAUUUGGAAAACUGCAUUAGCCUUUGUAACCUCCCAAGAAGCAUCUAUAAGUUGAAAUCUUUGAAAACUCUUAUUCUUUCUGGUUGUAUAAAGAUUGACAAGUUGGAAGAGGAUUUGGAACAAAUGGAAUCUUUAACCACCUUGCUAGCAAAUAACACUGCAAUAACAAGAGUGCCCUUUUCAGUGGUAAGGUCCCAAAGCAUUGGAUAUAUUUCUCUAUGUGGCUAUCAAGGAUUUUCACGUGAUGUAUUUCCAUCUAUAAUUUGGUCUUGGAUGUCACCAUCAAAUAAUCUCUCAUCCCAAUUUCAAACAUCUUCUCUCAUGUCAUCUUUUGCUGCUUUAGAUGUACCAAGUAGUAGUUCCGAUGAACUAUCAGCUUUUUCUAACCACCUUCCAAGGCUUCGAAGUCUUUGGGUGGAUUGCAAAUCUGAAGAUCAACUUUCUCUAGAUUCAAAAAUAAUUGUGGAUACUUUAUAUGCCACAGUUUCUAAGGAAUUGGAAUCAACUGCUACUACAUCACAAGUAUCAGAUAUGACUACUACAUUAAUUCAACACUGCACUCAAGUUCAGGUUUUGGGAUCUAAACAUUUCUUGAAAUCUCUUUUAAUUCAAAUGGGAAUGGAUUGCCAAGUCACCAAUAUUCUCAAAGAGAAAAUUUUACAGAAUAUGGAUAUCAAUGGGAGCGGUGGUUGUUUGUUCCCUGGUGAUAGUUAUCCAGAUUGGUUAACCUUUAAUUCUGAAGGUUCUUCGGUAACUUUUAAAGUCCCUCAAGUGGAAGGGUGUAACUUGAAGACAAUGAUGUGUAUUGUCUAUACUUCAACUCUAGAUAUCACAACAAAAGAUGGCCUUAAAAAUAUGUUAGUGAACAAUUACACAAAGGCCAACAUUCAGCUAUAUAAGAAAGAGGCAUUAAUCUCCUUUAAAGAUGAAGAGAAGAAGAGAAUAGUAUCAAGUUUGGAACCUGGUAACAAAGUGGAGGUCGUUGCUGUUUUUGAGAACAAUUUCUUUGUGAAGAAGAUAGCGGUUUAUCUUGUAUUCGAUAAACCAAUUGGUAAAACGAGGGAUCUAUACUAUUUACCAGAUUUGAAUGACAUUGCUUGUAGUGAUGAUGGAAGUGAAUGCUCUAUCAAGAGAUUUCUUACUCAAGAUGAGCCCACGGAUGACAUCAAUCAGAACAGAAAGAAGAAAAGUCGAGUGGAAUGAGUCAAUGAAAGAUGGUAAAACAAUGAUUGAGUGAAAAUCAAUUCUUAUGGUGCCUGCAAACUUUUGUAUUGGCAACAAUUGUUUUCCAUAUUUGGCUGAAGUUGAUAGAUUUCAGCCACGGUGAUUUUUUUUAGUUUCUUCACAAUCUCAACAUCAGACUCAAUGAUUAUCUUGCGAAAGCUCAUUUCCUUUGAUAAUACAACCCACAUCAACAUAUGUUUUUAACCAACUUGCUACAAGAGAGAGGCGGUUAAGUGGUCUGAUUGACUUUAUUGAGAUGUUCCUAUCACAUCAGAUGUUAGCCACUCUAGCUGCCAAGUGUUCAGAUCAGUACUUUUGGCCUUUGGGACAUGAAUUCCCAAUUUUGAAGAGAAGCGGGUCAAUUAUGCUAUGUGGCACUGCAUAAAUAGGUGAAUAUUUCUUUCUUCCUAGAUUGAACCUAGUAGGUAGGAUGUUUUUGGAAAAUUUCUGGUAGAGCAUUCAUAAAGCUGGAUUUUGAUUUUCAUGUUGUAGUGUGAUUUGCUGGACAUGCCCGUUGUUGAGCAACUGCGAGAAUGAUCCCAAAUAUGGUUUGUUAUAUCAGCUUCUUAAUAUUUUUUUUACUCAGAAGCUUGAUACAUACUUAGACUAUCCCACUGCAAACUCCACCUUAUUGAAAGAAAAACUGGUGAAUAUUGUUCAUGCAGAAAUGAUAAUAAUUAGUUAUAUUUGAUAAAAUAAUUUGCUUAGGCCUUGUGCAUGAAGAAUGCAUUGCAAAAAUGAGGCUGAUGACAUUUGUUAAUCUCAGCUCUGAUGGAUCUGGCCAAAUUUAUACGAACUUAUUCCAGACACAGUUCAUGUAAAUUUGAAUUGACUUGUGUAUGUUUUAGAUUUGCAUUUUACCUAGCAUAACUCCAAGGUAAACUUGAAUUGAUUGUGAAUGUUUUAGAUUUGCAUAACUCAAAUGUUCAUAUUAAUUAGUACAAUUUGUUAUCUGUUGAAAGUUUUGAUCAAUUGCAUACUAUGUAAAGAAAAGUUGAGCAGCCUUCCAUCCAA